AUGAACGCUUUUAGAUCACUCCCGAGGCUCUCUGGCAAAGUUGCAAUUGUGACGGGUGGCGGCUCUGGAUAUGGAGAAGGUAUUGCCAAAAGAUUCGCGUUGGAAGGCGCAAAGGUCCUGAUCGCCGAUAUCAACGAGCGCGGAGGGAAGGAUGUUGCUAGCAGCCUUCCAGAUUCCAUUUCCUUUUUCAAGGCAGAUGUCGGCAAUCAGGAAGACUGGAGGAAGUUGGUCGAGGUAGCCAAGUCGCGAUACGGCCGUCUUGACUGCCUUGUCAACAAUGCCGGCACUACUUACCACAAUAAGGAUACAUCAAGUGUGAGCGAGCAGGAUUUCGACAAGUGUUUCCGAGUCAACGUCAAGGGAGUCUAUUUCGGAUCCCAGGUCUUCAUUCCGGAGUUGAUAAAGCAGAACGAAGGUGGAACCAUGAUCAAUGUGGCAUCAGUCGGUGCAACCAGGCCCCGGCCAGGUCUUGUUUGGUACAAUGCCUCGAAAGGAGCCAUCUGGAACGCUACGAAAGGGCUGGCUGCGGAGUAUGGCUCUCAUAACAUCCGAAUUAAUUCUGUCUGCCCGCUUCUCGGAGGAACAGGACUCUUCGAAGCAUUCUCGGGACAACCUGACACAGCAGCUAACAGGGCAAAAUUCAUAAGUAACGUGCCGCUUCAGCGACUUUGCGAGCCUGAGGAUGUUGCCGGGGCUUGCUUGUUCUUUGCCUCUGAUGAUAGCAGUUUUGUCACUGGGAUUAACAUGGAGGUGGAUGGAGGUAGAGCCAUUUAA